AUGGUCAACCGCGACAAUGACGUUGUCCGUGCUCAUUUCCGCAAGAUCGAACAGAACUUUCAUCCGGUCCUCGAGAUGCUGGAGCGGUAUCAGGCUCGUAUCCGUGAUCGACGAGCUUCUCACGCCGCCAUCGAAAGCAUCAGGACCGGUCUCACCGUCUUGAGAAGAUGGUUGAUCCACGCGCAGCAUCGGGUCGACACCACCAGAGACAGGAUCCUUCUCGGUGUUGAGGACAAGGCAGUGGACUGGCGCGUGUGGGGCGAUAUCACCCACAUUGUGUCCAUGCCAACGGCAGUCUGCAAAUCUCUGUAUAACGUUCUGGUUCAACUCCAGAACGUGCCUUCCAUCCUAGCCACUCGUCAGGCCUCGAAUACUUGCACGACGAAAUCCGGAAAGCUUCGUGGUGCAACACAGUUGUUCUCGAGACAGUCGCGUACCGGACUCAAAUCGAUCGAGCGCCAUCUCGCCAAGAUUCGCAUCACGACCCUCGUCCUGUCGGACCUUCUCGCAUCUCUGGGAGACAGAGAAGCCUGUGAGACAUCGAAGACGUUUGGAGAUUGUGAAGAUGGGACAAGAUAG